AUGAAGAAGCUGCACCAUAACAACUUGGUGUCCUUAAUAGAAGUUCUAGACGACCCAACCGAAGACUCUCUGUACAUGGUCAUGGAGAUGUGUAAAAAAGGGGUGGUCAUGAAGGUCGGACUCGAAGAAAGGGCUGAUCCAUACGAGGAUGCGCUGUGCCGCUGUUGGUUUCGCGAUCUGAUUCUAGGCAUUGAAUAUCUACAUGCACAGGGAAUCGUGCACCGAGACAUCAAGCCGGACAACUGUUUAGUUACAAGUGAUGAUGUCCUCAAGAUCGUCGACUUUGGCGUGUCUGAAAUGUUUGAAAAAGACUCGGAUAUGUUCACAGCAAAGUCAGCAGGCUCCCCGGCCUUCCUGCCCCCCGAGCUAUGUGUCGUUAAACAUGGCGAUGUUUCCGGUAAGGCGGCUGACAUAUGGUCUAUGGGGGUCACGCUGUACUGUCUUCGAUACGGCAAAUUACCGUUCGAGAAGCAAAGCAUCUUCGAGCUCUACGAUGCUAUUAAAAAUGACCCCAUUGUGUGCGAAGGGGAGAUUGAUGAUAAUUUCAAGGAUUUAAUGUCGCGGAUUUUAGAAAAAGAUCCGACAAAGAGAAUCACCAUGGACGAACUUCGAUCACAUCCCUGGGUGACGAGAGAUGGACUCGACCCUCUGUUACCAGAGAGUGAGAACACCGCCGAAAUCAUCGGGCUUCCUACAGAAGAGGAAAUGAAUUCAGCCAUCACGAAGAACAUCGGGCACGUCCUGGCCGUGAUGAAAGCCGUCAAGAACUUCAAAAGGCUGAUAGACCCAGCCAAGGCAGAGCCGCCUAUGCAGAGCAUCCUCGGACAGGAAUACGAGUCUCAUUUUGUUCAACCUCCUCUUGAGAUGGAACCGGAGGAAGACUUUUCGGUUGACAACGUGCCAGUAUCCAAUAAGAGCCAGAGCCUGAACACAUUCGACCGAAGGGCCCAGGCGUUUGAUAACGUUCGUCAUGGAUAUCACCUGCAGCGUGAAGAGGGAUCUUCCAAUCAGCCGCUGGAUAGUGGCACCCAAACAAGACCCUCGGGUGACAUCAGUACACUUGCCAGGAGCGUCGUGUCUGGGAGAAAAGACUCGGGCUCUGUGCGUGAUGGACCCAUUGUUGACCAGUCUGGAGACGAUAUGCAGUUUACCGUACCUCAGUCUCCAUCGGCACACGUCUCCUUGUCCCGAGCCAGCUCGGCGACUACCAAGCGCAGCGUCGAGGGGACACGCGGGCAUGCUCGGGACCCUCUAGAGGAGGAAUUUCCGUUCUUGUUUAUUGGUCCAUCUACCUACACCGGCUCAGCACAGCCAGUCGACGACGAUGACACUGAUAUGGAAUAUGUUUGUGACGAGCCAGACAGAAUUUCUGACGCCGAAGCCGAGCCGAUUGUGAGCGAGUCCCCUGGUGCUGCCGAAUUUGAUAUCUACGAAACUGCAUACCGACAGGAAAUCGAACGCAUACGCGAACGCAAUGUUCCCCGCCAGGGAACUGUGCCUAAGGUAUAUCUGACUCGUCGUGUGGAGGGUAGGGACGAUGUAACAAAACUGGUACAAGACGAAGACAACAUCGGCACAAUACCCCGGAUUGGCAAGAAAAUCGCUGUGCCCUCAGGCCCAAGGUUGACAUCCGCAGUCAGCGCCAUCAAGGCCCAAGUCGAGCAGCAGCGCCAACGAGAAUCAAGGAUAGCAGAGUCCUCGCCCCAAUCUCCAUCUCAAGUCCCAGAGCCCACAAGCUCAUCGCUCGCAGCCACAGGCACAUCAGCCGCCGAGCCCUCGUCGCCAGAGAACUCCCGGGCCAAAUUGUAUUCUCUAUUUGAUCGUGUAACAAGGAGUCAAUGA